AGCAUAUUUGUGACUAUAUCCCCUUGAAGAAUGCAUAAUGAUGCAUGAGGAUCAGCCAAGAGAGAUAGUAAAGCGUCAAACUCUGAUCUUGAAGCUCGCAUUCGAAGAGGCUGCGUUACAGUCAUUCGAACCCAGUCUCAGCCUAGCACCAGGGUCUGGAAUGGAAGACUACACCAAACUCGCAUCCGAGAGCUCCGAAUUAUGGCGCUCCCCCUCAGUUGUUUUGUUAUCGAGAAUGUUUGGCGGGUUAUGAAAGGCGAGUCAAAGGCCAGGUCAAUCUUCUCCCUAGCCUGCAUCUUCUCACAAACAAUCUGCUCUUCUCUUUUGACCAUGUCAACUCUUCCCGACGGAAAUUACACGAUUGAGUUCGCCGACCCACACCACAAAGGGUUGUUUGUGAGUGUGGACGACUCGCAUAAUAACACUGUCGAGCCCAAUGUCGAGCUAUCCGAAAGAGACUCCAGCAAAGUGCAAGUUUGGAAACUGGAAAGGCGGGAGGAUAUCUGGAGCUUCCAAGGUGUAUCGCCUAAGGUGGAUGGCGAAAAAUUUAUUUGUAUUAGCAAUGAUGGGUUCAUCCGCCUGAUUUACACAGAUUCACCCUCGUUCGUGAAGUUCUUUCAAAUUGAGAGUGUCACAGGGAGCCAGGAUACAUUUCGGUGCGUGCUUCUAGUGACUGGCAACUGGCGUAGGCAGCAUUGAGUCCUACAUGAAGGGUGAAAUUCGAUUUCGGUUCUGUCAAGGCGUACUGGUAUAGCAAAGGGGACCCGGGAGCGUUCGGUAUGCGGGUCG